AUGCGCUUUCUGCCGGUGAUCGGCGUCGUCCUUCUCUUCUUCCUCACCGUCAUUGAUGGUCGCGGUGGUCGGCGCGGUGGCAAAGGAAAAGGCAAAAGUAAUCUGCAAUUCGCACAAGUCGCCGAGUUUUCGCUUGUUCAAUCGGUCGUCGCCGAUAAUCGGAGCGCUCAAAUCAUCACUGGAUCGCAUUUCAGUCAAACUUAUCGAUUGGGAUACAAACUAUUGAUAAUUUGCAAGGCCAAAGGCGAACCAAGGCCGACAAUUAAAUGGUACAAGGAAGGCGCGGAAAUUCAGCCGAAAGGCAGCAUUCACUAUUAUGAAAAACCCAUUGAAGAGGACACGAUUUGGAGUAAACUUGAGAUUGACCCCGCAACAAUGGGCGAUCAAGGCGUCUACGCGUGCGUCGCGAAUAACCCAUACGGUGUAAUGGCAAAGAAUUUCAAAGCGGAAUAUACUUAUUAA